GUGGUUACUGCUGACCACGAGUGUCAGUUUGAUUGACAGAUGAAAAUGAAGUGCUGCAUUCUGCUCCUGCUGUUUCUUCAGUGCCUGGGAGGUUUAGGGCUCCCUCUGUUUGAACUGAGCUCUAAAGUAGACGAGGCACUGAGGAUGGCCCUGGAUGAGAUCAAUGUUCGUUUCGCUCGCCAUCACCUCUACAGGGUGUCCAAGGCUACAGUCACAAAGGUUGUUCCAUUGGGGUCAAACACAUAUGAUAUGAUGCUAAAACUCUCUCUAAGGGAAACAGAAUGUCGGAAGGGCUCUGGGAUGGACCCUCAGGGCUGCGCCUACAAUAGAGGCUUUUUUGUGUCGGACGCGGGCUGCCAGAUCCGAACACGCUUGUCUGAGAGAUUCACUAGUGUCGUCUCGAUCCAAUGCAGCCAGGCACAAAGUUCUAGCUCCGAGUCCAGUGAAGAGUUUCAGGUGUGGACUGGAUGGCAAUAUGAUCCAAAUCGCAUUGCUCGUAAAGACCCUGUACUUUCGACUGUGGCUCCAAGCUUUGAUGCACCUCCACCGAUAUACCCUGGAAGACGUGGUGGCAUCAACCGCCAACCAGAUUAUUUCAGCAACCAUCUGGAAUAGCUGCAGCCCUUUUCGUUUUUAACAGUAAAAAAUAUAUGGAUACAGACCUUGAAGAUUUGAGUGAUUUUCCAUAGUUGGUGGUGCUGUAAAGUUUUGGUGGUACAAUACAACAUACAAAAUGAUUAAUUAAAUGUUUAAAAAAAAAUGAUGCUAUAGGAACAUAACAUAACAUGUCCACAUCAUGGGUGCUUCUCUUUGACAAAUAUUAAAAUAAAGGACAAUGUUACGGUU